GGCUUCGAUUUAGUCUCGGAUGGACGCUCCGCUGCCAAGCACCGUCAGUCCGGCUUCCGCUGCUCUCUCGCUCCCGCAGUCGCCACCGCCAUCGCCAUCGCCACCGCACCUUUUCCAGCCGAUCGCGAAGUUCUCCGGCAUUAUGUGCGCCACGUGAUUGCUGCAACUCCUCUCGAGAGCCGUCGCUAUAUCACCAGCGUAAUUCGGAUUUGGAAGUGACAUGUGAAGAAUAUAUCUGAUGUGAUCAAUUGAUACUUAACCCUAAGCCCCGAAGUGUGUGAAGUUAAACAAAAACUAGUUAACACCUAAACAAAAAUAAUAUAAAAAGGGAUUUUUCAAGGCCUUUAAUUUAUGCAGCUUUGGCAAUUGAAUUCCUUAUAAGAUGAACCAGCUGUGCAAAGUGUGCGGUGAGCCAGCGGCUGGUUUUCAUUUUGGGGCAUUUACAUGCGAAGGCUGCAAGUCCUUUUUCGGGCGUACCUACAACAACAUUGCGGCGAUAGCAGGAUGCAAGCACAACGGAGACUGUGUGAUCAACAAGAAGAACCGUACGGCCUGCAAGGCGUGUCGGCUGCGCAAGUGCCUCCUUGUGGGGAUGUCCAAGAGUGGUUCCCGCUAUGGUCGCAGGUCCAACUGGUUCAAGAUCCACUGCCUGUUGCAGGAGCAGCAGACCACGACGGGCGUCGGUGGAGGGGGCUCAGGCGGCAGUGGAUCAGGCGGCGGAGUGAGCAGUGCGAGUCUGGAGCAACUGGCGCGACUGCAGCAGGCAAGCAAUCAGGCGCGGCAAACCUAUCAGGAUAAGACCAAUCCCUGCAUCAAGUCAGCCACCGCGAUAUCACCCAGGAUCGAAGGAGCGGCUGCGGGCACAGAAGUGGGUGGCGCCUCCUCGCCCUCGUUCCUUCAAGCGGCCAAAUUCCACCACCAUCAUCAUCACCAGCGGCAGCUGAAGCUAGAAUCUCGCCUCAGCAAUACGCCCAGUGAUUCUGGAGCGUCAUCUGCGGGGGAUCCCAAUGAAGAUGGAGCCACCAGCGUGUUAAGCGGUCAGAUCACCACACCCUCAUCCAUCAACGCCCACAGCUUACCUAAGAUGGAUCUGCGGCAUCCCAACUUUCCGGCUACCUCGGAGCCGGAUGCGGACAUGCAGCGGCAGCGCCACCAGGAACUGCUCGAGAUCUUUCGGAGUCACUCGGAGCCGCUGUACAGCUCCUUUGCCCCAUUUAGCCACCUGCCGCCUGUACUGCUCGCCGCCGGAGUUCCGCAACUGCCCAUCUUCAAGGAACAGUUCAAGGCCGAGCUGCUGUUUCCAACGGCCAGCAGUCCCGAACUGGAGGAGCCCAUCGACUUGUCCUUCAGAUCGCGAGCUGAUCCAGCCAGUCCGCUGGCCCACACCUCCAAUAGUCCCACUUUAAGUGAGCCUGCCGCGGCGAAUCACUGCUUGGGGGAGUCCCCGACCUUCGUGCGAAAAUCGACACCCCUUGACCUCACCCUGGUGCGAUCACAGACACUGACAGGCUGAGAUCAUUUCGUUAUUGAGGAAUUCGUUCGAGUGCCAAAACAAUUUCGAGUACUUUAGUUUUAGGUUUGUACAGAUUAUUUAAACAACCUUUAAAAAGUCGAUGGUUUUGAAGAAAGUGCACCAGCUGCAACAGUUUUUAGCAUUACAAUUAUUUCAUACAUUCUUUUUCAUUUUCGAUUUUGUUUUACAUGAAAUAAAAAAAUAAAGUAUCAAACAACGAAAAUAUAUAAAGAAACUAAAAAAUAACCAUCGACUUUUCGAUUAAAUAUAUUUUAAGAAGUAAGAAGAAAUUGAACAUUUUGGUGCCAGUGAAAUGAUGUACAAAUAUCCAUAUUAUUAUGUAUAACUUUAGCUCAAUGACAUUAAGUAAUUUAAAAAUAAUUAGUUUUAUUUUCUUAAUAUAAGUGCAAGCCUGUAGCCCAAUUUAGAAUGAUUGUCAUUUGGUUUCCACCUUAAAUUUAUUUAGGUUUUUAUUGUUUAUUAAUUUAUAUUAAAAGUGUUGUUCCCCUAUUGACUUUUGUUUGUUUUUUUAUUUUUAAAUAAUUUAUUUUCCUAGACAGUUAAAGAACCAUCAAAGUGUAAAAGAAAAGUAAAUAAAAAGUGUAGAAAUGGA